GGCCUCCUAAAGUGCUGGGAUUAUAGGCGGGAACCACUGCGCCCGGCCCAGCUCCUUUCUCCUUUUAAAAAAUCACGGACUGUUGUGUUGACUAGGCAAUUUCUGAUCAUCAGUCUGUUCUGACAGCAUACAUAUCUCAAUGUGUUAUGUAAUACACUGUACGUUUUGGUCAAGACUAGAGUACUAAAGUAUGUUGUUACAACCACUUACAUAAAUAUUUUAUACUUGGCCAUUAUAAUUGGAGGCUGGGCUAAAGGUUUUCUCUUCAGAAUGGCAAUUUUAAAUAUUCGUAUUAAAACUGAGAACUCUCAAACUCCUGGCCUCAAGCAGUUCUCCUGGCUCAAACUUCCAAAGUGUUGAGAUCACAGGCAUAGCCACUGGGCCCAGCCAAAACUGACAACUCAGAAGCCAUUUUAUUUAGCUUAAUUCUUUAAUGUCUUGAAUAUUGUUUUAGAACAUUCUUGGAGAUACUUUGGCCAUGACAUUUCUGUUGAUCUAUAAAUGUGCAUUUACCUUAAGCCAUUUGCCUCUUUUCAGGUCAUUGUGUCCAAUGUCCCAAUAGGCCAGUAUAGUCUACUUAAAAGCUAAGUUCUUAAGUGAUCAAUUGUAGUUGAGAUAGAAUGGUUUCUAACUCAGCUUCUUUUCGUGAUUUUAAUCCCGCGACUCUUUUAUGAGCAGGUGCAAACUACUUUAGAGCCUUGAUCUUUUCCCAUUUCCAUUGACCAAUUUCCAAAUUAUUAGUUACCUCAAUCUUAGUUUUCUUUAUGGGUUAGUUGUUUUGUAGCCAGUACAAAGCUGAUUUGCAUAAGCAGUGAGCUGCUGCUAAUUCUCUAUACAUAUAUUAAUGCCUUUGUAUGACCGACUGAAAAGUGGAUCAAAUAACUUACAUUUCACAUUAUAAUUAUGAGAACCAUCAAGAAAGUAACAUUAAAAUAAUGCUGGAUAUAAUAAUGAGCUUGGUACUGUGUUACUCAUAUAACCAGAACUUCAUUUAACUUCGCUAGUACCUGAAAACCAAAGUGAGUUCCUCGAUAACUAGAGAAAAUUUCGGAAACUCGUUCUAUAAUCCUAGGUGUCAGAAAAUAAAACACUUGAAAGAUGUAAAGAAAUCCUAGAAGUAACAUGCACGUUUAAUCGCAAACCCAUGAAAUUGGCUAGAACACAGAAAUGCCAACAAGUUUAACUGCUAAAAAGCUGAAUUUGCAACUUGAUUUUACUAUUUCAACUAUGUAGUGACAUGAAAAUUCAUCUUCCCGCCAGUGGGAUUUUUUUUUUCCCCUCUCCGCACUCAGCCUGGCGCGAGCUCGUGUGCCCGUGCCCGCGCUUCUCGCCGCCUCUAGAAACUAACCACCGGCAUCUUAAGCAGCUUCGGAAGGAGUGCCCGGGCUGGGUUAGAGAUGGCGGGCAGGUGGCAGGGAAAAUCUACAGAAAUAAGUGUUGCCCCAAGCCAUGUGCUUGGCCCCCAUGAAGCGCUAAGACUGGUCAAACAAAUGGAUUUUACAGAGGCUUAUGCGGACACGUGCUCUACGGUUGGACUUGCUGCCAGGGAAGGCAAUGUUAAAGUCUUAAGGAAACUGCUCAAAAAGGGCCGAAGUGUCGAUGUUGCUGAUAACAGGGGAUGGAUGCCAAUUCAUGAAGCAGCUUAUCACAACUCUGUAGAAUGUUUGCAGAUGUUAAUUAAUGCAGAUUCAUCUGAAAACUACAUUAAGAUGAAGACCUUUGAAGGUUUCUGUGCUUUACAUCUCGCUGCAAGUCAAGGACAUUGGAAAAUCGUACAGAUUCUUUUAGAAGCUGGGGCAGAUCCUAAUGCAACUACUUUAGAAGAAACGACACCAUUGUUUUUAGCUGUUGAAAAUGGACAGAUAGAUGUGUUAAAGCUGUUGCUUCAACAUGGAGCAAAUGUUAAUGGAUCCCAUUCUAUGUGUGGAUGGAACUCCUUGCACCAGGCUUCUUUUCAGGAAAAUGCUGAGAUCAUAAAAUUACUUCUUAAAAAAGGAGCAAACAAGGAAUGCCAGGAUGACUUUGGAAUCACACCUUUAUUUGUGGCUGCUCAAUAUGGCAAGCUAGAAAGCUUGAGCAUACUUAUUUCAUCCGGUGCAAAUGUCAAUUGUCAAGCCUUGGACAAAGCUACUCCCUUGUUCAUUGCUGCUCAAGAGGGACACACAAAAUGUGUGGAACUUUUGCUCUCCAGUGGGGCAGAUCCUGAUCUUUACUGUAAUGAGGACAAUUGGCAGUUACCUAUUCAUGCAGCUGCACAAAUGGGCCAUACAAAAAUCUUGGACUUAUUAAUACCACUUACUAACCGGGCCUGUGACACUGAGCUAAACAAAGUAAGCCCUGUUUACUCAGCAGUGUUUGGGGGACAUGAAGAUUGCCUAGAAAUAUUACUCCGGAAUGGCUACAGCCCAGACGCCCAGGCGUGCCUUGUCUUUGGAUUCAGUUCUCCCGUGUGCAUGGCUUUCCAAAAGGACUGUGAGUUCUUUGGAAUUGUGAACAUUCUUUUGAAAUAUGGAGCCCGGAUAAAUGAACUUCAUUUGGCAUACUGCCUGAAGUACGAGAAGUUUUCGAUAUUUCGCUACUUUUUGAGGAAAGGUUGCUCAUUGGGACCAUGGAACCAUAUAUAUGAAUUUGUAAAUCAUGCAAUUAAAGCACAAGCAAAAUAUAAGGAAUGGUUACCACAUCUUCUGGUUGCUGGAUUUGACCCACAGAUUCUACUGUGUAAUUCUUGGAUCGACUCAGUCAGCAUUGACACCCUUACCUUCACUUUGGAAUUUACUAAUUGGAAGACACUUCCGCCAGCUGUUGAAAGGAUGCUCUCUGCUCGUGCCUCAAACGCUUGGAUUCUACAGCAACAUAUUGCCACUAUUCCAUCCCUGACCCAUCUUUGUCGUUUGGAAAUUCGGUCCAGUCUAAAAUCAGAACGUCUACGGUCUGACAGUUAUAUUAGCGAGUUGCCGCUUCCCAGAAGCCUACAUAAUUAUUUGCUCUAUGAAGAUGUUCUGAGGAUGUAUGAGGUUCCGGAACUGGCAGCUAUUCAAGAUGGAUAAAUCUGUGAAACUACUUAUCACAGCUCAUUUUUUCCUCUGAAAAACCAUCGAGACAAAAGAGCCAUGGAGUACAAGGUUUUAUGAUUUUAUAGUCAAAAGAUGAUUAUUGUUUGUGAGAUAGGUUAGGUUUUGGGGGGCUAGUAGUUUAAUGUGAAUGUUUAUGUUUACAACUAGCCUUCCCAGUAAAAAAAAAAAAAAAAAAAAAAAAAAAAAAAAAAAGAAAAGUAAAUCUCACUUAUAUUACUUUAUUGCAGCUUCAUCACCAGUACAUUAUAUGUUGUAAUAUUUAUUUACCUGACCAUUUUCCGCUUUAUUUUGCUAAUAAACUGUGAUGUUGCUUCUAGUGCUAAACAUGGCAUAUUUCCACCUAUGAUUCGUGUUUACCUGGUGCUAGGAGCUCAGAAUGGAAUGCAUAAAGCUUCACUGGAAGUGUAUACAACUGUGGUGUAGAAUCUGUUGUUGUUAUUAUUUUACUUAGACUUGAAGAUGUCUUAUGUUUAUUAAAGAACACGUCUUCCUAUUUUAUCGCAGUUCAUUUCAUCUCCUAAUUAAAUGGCUUUUUUUUUUUUU